UCCAAAAGUGCCCCCGAAACAGCAUCGGAGAGCAGCCACCUGCACACCUCCAUGUAGUUCGCCUCGCUCGGGGACUCAUGGCCACUGGUACCGCCUCUCACGAGACUUCAUAGCAGCGGCAUUGUCCACUGUGGUGGCGUCGUGUGUGUCUGGUCCGCGGUCCCUUGCCACGAAACGAGCGUGACCCCGAUGCCACGAGUUGUUGCCGUCGACAGCAACGGGAACGAAAGAGCACGGAGGUCACGGUGACGAGUCAGAAGCACUACUUCACACAACAAACCCUCCUCCUCCUCCUCCACACAACCCAACGCCGUCCCUCCGUCCCACGUGCGCUGCGAACCGCCGGUCCUCCUCGACGACCACGGUCUCGUCCGCGUGACAGCGGCAACCGCGAACUCUCGAAACAUCGGGCACGAGCACAAUUGACAAAGAGACAUGGAGACAACACGACACAUUGGUUUAGGCCUGCACGAACAGGGCGGCCCAUCAUACCCUCCUGAAGCCAUCCUCUCGACCGCCCCAGCUUCACCCACCGACGACCGUAUGGCCAACCACGGGGAUACUCGAGAGCACAAUACCAAUAUUAUAGCUACCAUGCCGCCCGAGCACUCUACCAUGGCUCAGAUUUCGUUCGGGCCCGCUACGCAGCAGACGGUGACCACAGUGACCACCACCACCACCGUUUCCCUCCCUCCUCUGAUCAUGAAACCCCCGAAAGAUCUUCAUGACCGCGACCCCAAGCAAUACCCCCUCGCAUACUCACCCACGCCCAGCUCGAUCAAAAAGUUUUGUUUCGACGUCAACGGCCGCUCCACCGCCUUCCACGAGCCCGAAGACCCAAUCGAGACAUUGCAGAGGCAUCGCGCGCUACAGGCAAGAAUACAGCGAAGCAAGGGCUUCAUACGCCAGGAAGAGAAACACGAUGACUAUGAGACACCCCUGCAUAGCCGACAGCUGCAGAGCAAGAAGCCUUCCAACUCGCUGAAGCGAAGUGCCACUCCGGUGUCGAUAGCAGAGGCUGCGGAACUGGCAAGCGUGCAGAGAAAGACAAAGAAGCAGCGCUCAUCACUACACCGGACGUACUCGGAGACGACCGAACUCCCUUCACUGGAUGAGAGGAGCGGAUCAAGGCCAUCUCAACAGCCGCGGAAUCCCUCUCAUCCCUCGCCCGUUACACCAGACACCGACGUUGUGGGAGCUUUGCCGAGAGCUGCGUCGAGCCGUCUGGGAGCCAAUAAAGGCAAAGCGGGCAGCAAGCCUUCGCACUCGCGGGUGCAGGAGCUGCAGGACGACAGCCAGGAUACACAGAUGGCAGACGGCGAGGACGUCGACGAGGACGACUCUGAAAUGAGUCUCGGCGGUCAGCACUCGUCGAGGAAUGCUCGCAAAGGGCAAGAUGCAACGAAUUGGGCAACACAACGAGCUGAUGCUACUGCAACGCCGCCUAUAGCAGAUACCGAUCUCAUGCCGGCUCCACGCGCGGAGGAGAGCAGGAGACCUCACUUGCCAGGUAUCAUGACGAACUCGCAACAGGACGCCAGUUUGCCCAGUCCUAGCCUGUCUCCUAUCACGGCCGCAGCCAAUCUCGCUUCACGUCAAAACGCGUUCGAUCUAUCCUUUGGUGAUCAUAACGAAGAGACUGCCAGUGUAGUCUCUGGGCUUGACCUCGACGAUGAUAGUAAGACACAUAGCGCCAAGUCGUUCGAUUCUCAACAGUACACGCACUCGUCCGGGAAAGAACGCUAUAGAUUCACACCGUCCUGCUCGUCGCAGUCUGCACCUGCUGGGCCCACCAUCAUGGACAUUCCUACCAUGGUCGAUGCGUUCGACGCCAUGCCAGAGUCGAUGCAGACUUACGUGAUGUAUCAAUUUCUUCGCCGAUGUGCCAAGCCAACAUUGCAGAUGGUGGCUACUGUUGUCAAUCCUGCCCUCAAAUGCGAUCCAUUCAACAUCCUACCCGCUGAACUGGGUCUGAACAUCACUCGGUUCCUCGACGCUCAGAGCAUGUGUCGUGCCGCACAAGUGUCGAGGCGCUGGAGAAAACUGAUCAAUUCCGACGAGAAGGCGUGGAAGGAUCUGCUCGAGCGUGAUGGCUAUACGUUGCCGGAUGGCGAGAUCGCCAGAGCCGUUCGCGAAGGCUGGGGAUGGCAACACCCAGGCGAGCAAGGAUAUGAGGAGGACUUGAGCAAGCCGCUACCAGCUUCUCCUGAGCCUGCAGAAGACCCAGUCAGUGAAGAUGAACUGACAGCGUCUUCGACCGUCACCUCACGUGACAGGAGGAAGAAGGUCAUGAAGCCGUCGAGCUCGAAGAAGAGCAGGCGUCGGCCUAUACACUCUUCGUCGUCAAUCACCAAGCCUACUCCGACGCCCAACAGCAAAUGGCUGAAGCUCCUCGGAACUGCGAAAGGCGCCAACGCGUUCGCGCAUGCAGCCACUCAAGCUGUACCGCAGCCGCGCAUCGGCUUGGACAGUCUUAGUAACAUGCAUCUGUUCAAGUCGUUGUACCAGCGCCACUACCUGAUUCGCAAAGCCUGGAUGAAUGAAGAAGCUCAGCCGCAGCACCUUGCCUUCCGGGCGCACCAUCGGCAUGUGGUUACUUGCCUCUUGUUUGACAGUGACAAGAUCUUGACUGGUAGUGACGAUACUAAGAUCAACGUCUACGACACCAAGACGGGCGCACUACGCAAUCGCCUGGAAGGACAUGAAGGUGGUGUGUGGGCAUUGCAAUACGAUGGUGACAUUCUGGUGUCCGGCUCGACAGAUCGCAGUGUCAGAGUGUGGGAUAUCAAGAGCGGUCGGUGUUUGCAAGUGUUUCAAGGCCAUACGUCCACUGUGCGCUGCUUGGUGAUCUUGCAGCCUGUCCAAAUUGGUACGGAAGCGGACGGUACACCCAUCAUCUUCCCCAAGGAGCCAUUAAUCAUCACCGGCUCGCGCGACUCAACACUCCGUGUAUGGAAGCUUCCCAAGGCGAACGAACGAGGAAUAUUCCAUGCUGGACCGCCAGCGAACGAUCACGACAAUCCAUACUUUCUUCGAACGCUGUCGGGACACCAUAACUCGGUACGCGCCAUCGCAGCGCAUGGAGAUACUUUGGUGUCUGGAUCUUAUGACUGUACUGUUCGCGUGUGGAAGAUCUCGAAUGGCGAUCUAGUCCACCGCCUGCAAGGGCACACGCAGAAAGUGUACAGCGUGGUGCUUGAUCAUGCUCGGAACCGCUGCAUCUCUGGUUCGAUGGAUAAUCUCGUCAAAGUCUGGGACCUCGCGAGUGGUGCCUGUCUCUUCAACCUCGAGGGUCACACCUCGCUCGUUGGUCUGCUUGACCUGAGCGAUGACCGCCUUGUGUCUGCUGCGGCUGACAGCACGCUUCGAAUCUGGGAUCCUGAAAAUGGCGCCUGCAAGGCUACGCUUUCCGCACACACGGGAGCAAUCACUUGCUUUCAGCACGAUGGGCAGAAAGUCAUUUCUGGAUCCGACCGCACGUUGAAGAUGUGGAACGUUAAGAACGGCGAAUGCGUUCGUGACUUGCUCACGGACCUCAGCGGCGUGUGGCAGGUGAGAUUUGAUGAGCGUCGUUGCGUUGCAGCUGUGCAACGCAACUCGCUGACAUACAUUGAGGUUCUUGACUUUGGUGCAGCACGGGACGGAGCCACUGCCGAACAAUGUGGUCGACGUGUUGUCGUCGAUCCACGCGGAAAAGAGAUUGUGGACGUCGACAUUGACACUACUGGCUCUGUACACGACGAGGAUGCUGCCGCUGCUUAGGGGCUGGACUGGCCAUAGCCCUUGCCGAAUCUCUUCCCCCUGGCGCAUGCAGCUUGACUGCAUCUGUGCUACGAAUCGCCACACCAGUGCUAAUGCAUUUAUACCCCGCGAACAACACACUUUGGCAGGGAACAGGAAUCACUUUAUCGGCUUCAGCGAGCGUAGCGUUGUGGGCGCAACAGACUACACGUGUAGUCUUGCUUUCGGGGGACUUUGAUUUGCAUGGUAAACGGAUUAAAAUUGACGAAAGACGACUCGGGCAAACUGGCAUCUUAGGAGUUUGCAUCUUUAGCACUGCGGUGUAUGUUUUGAGGACGAGAUUGCUGUUUCUGCUUUUUCAAGUUACGAUUCGACCAUGGAUGACAUUCUG